AUGAUGACAUACACCGUCCAGCCUGUGCAGAUGGAAAAUACAUAUCAGUUAGGCCCCACGAGACGCUUUCCUGUAGCCACAGUGAACAAUAUUCUGAAGGACGUCCUGACCAGUUAUCUUCAGGAGGAGAAGUAUGAAGCCGAGUUAUGUAGACAAAUGACAAAGACCAUUUCAGAGGUAGUUAAAGCCAGAGUAAAGGACUUGAUGAUCCCGCGAUAUAAAACAAUCGUCCUCAUCUACAUCGGACAGCUGAACGAUCAGGGCAUGCGGGUUGGCAGCCGGUGUAUAUGGGACCCAGCUAACGACACCUUUUCCUCCUACACCUUUAAGAACAGCUCCUUGUUUGCUCUGGCUAAUGUCUAUGCCGUGUACUAUGAGUAG